AUGCAGAUCUCUACUCAUUUUUUAGAGCCUAUGGAAGCUGAAAUGUCAAGCAGUAAAUGCAUUUUGGGAUACGCUGAAAAUGCAGCAACAAGGAUUUUAACGGAAAUAUUGAAAAAAUACGAUCGAAAUCUGGUGCCAACAAUGAGAGGCGUCGAUGUUGAUAUUGAGCUUCUCAUUCAAAAGAUAUCAGAAAUUUCGGAAAUUCAUAGCAGCUCAAAAAUGGACAUAUUGUUCUCGCAAAUUUGGCAUGACCCUGGCUUAUCAUUUCAGGAUCUCGAAGGUGCGCAGUGUUUGCAAAAUUUAUCGCUCUCGCAUCGAAUGGUUGAGCAUUUAUGGAUACCAAAUGUAUGCAUUGUAAACAGCAAAGGAUCUUCAAUCCAUCAGUCCCCCACACCGAAUGUUUUCCUUGCCAUUCUUCCAAACGGGACAGUUUGGAUGAAUUACAGAAUUGUGGUGGAGGCACCAUGUGAAAUGGAUUUCACAAUUUUCCCAAUGGACCGCGUGGAAUGCAUGAUGGUUUUUGAAAGUUACUCGUUCAAUGUUGGCAAAGUCCGGCUACACUGGAAACGUCAUGGCGUUCCAGUGGAAGUGAUCGGGGAAACAAAUUUACCGGAUUUUCAUAUGACACAUUAUAUUCAUGAAAAAGCAACAUUCCAAUAUCCAGCCGGAGUUUGGGAUCAUUUGAAUAUAAAAUUGUAUUUUCGUCGUUCUUAUGGCUUUUAUUUAUUGCAAAUUUACUUGCCAACCUAUUGUAUGGUGCUUAUUUCCUGGAUUUCAUUUUGGCUGGACCGGCGAUCAUUACCUGCGCGGGUUACUGUCGGUGUUUCUUCACUGAUGGCCCUUACUCUGCAAUAUUCCAACGUUGCUAGGUCACUUCCAAAGGUAUCAUAUGUGAAAGGCUUGGAUUUGUUCAUGUUUGGUUGCGUUGGCUAUAUCUUUCUCUCAAUUGUUGAAUUGGCUAUAGUUGGGAUGUUGGAAAAGCCAAUGGAAACAAAAAACGAGCUGAAAGUAAUGGGCGCUUAUUCGUUUGGAAGUCGAAAUCGGCAUGUUAAGCGGUUUUUUGGAAAAGCUCGUCGGAGGAAGGUUUGCUUCAAACAGUCAUUUCAAAAUCCAUUUGUUAUUCAACUAUUUUUAUGCACGUUGCAUAACGAGUUAUGA